AUGUCUCAAGAAACCACAAGCAAAGAUCGCAAAAACAAAAACGAAAAUAAAGAGAAAAAAUCCAAGAAACAAAAGCGAGUUUUAGAUAACGACGACGGCGAAUUAGUCACUACAGUCGAAGUGAAAAAGACGAAAAAAUCAAAAAAGCGCCGACUCGAUGAUGACGACGAACAUUACGAACAUGACGAAGGAAAAAUGGAAUCGAAGAAAUUGAAAAAAUCGCAGCGGAGGAAAUCGGUCUCUUUUGCCGAUGAUACUAAGGAGGUUGGGACGUCGGAGGAAGAUGCAUCUUCAGAACCAGCUACAGCCACGCAAAACCAAGACGGCGCGCAGGGUAAGAUUGAAACAGAGGAUGUGGAAGAGGAGAUAUCUCCAGAAGUUCGGAAACAGAGAAAACGAGAGAAACGGGAACAACGACGGAAGAAAGAUAUCGGCGAAAGCGAAAUGGUCUCUCGCAAAACACCGACACCAAACUCUACGGAUGAAACACCCGUUCUUUCGUAUCUUUCACAAUACUCCGAGAACCGGUCAGAAUGGAAAUUUCAAAAAAAUCGAGAAUCUCAACUACUCAAAAAGAUUCUGUCCUUAGAUGAUGUUCCGGCGGAGUAUAAUCGGGCACUUUUCGUGUAUUUGAAAGGGCUGAAAAGCGAAGGCGCGAGGCAAAGACUGCGGAAAAAUGCGCAGGAGGGUAUCAAGUCUGAUGAGGUGCAAGAGCAAGUUGAGCAGGGUGAAGAUUCGGCUGCUGAUACCGGGUCAACCUCGAUACCUGACUCGUCGAAGGAAAGCUAUAAUGAAGCUGUUCGUCGAUUUAAGGGGAAUCUGAAUGCAGGUGCCAAGAAUUUUGACGACGGGGUUGCACUGGAGGAUGCUGAUCCGGAUCUCAAGCAAAGGCUUGAAAAGAGAAAACGUGCCGAAUUGGUUUUGUGGUCGGUGUCUGGGAAGAUUAGCAAAAACGAUGCUGGGUCAACAAAGCCUCGUGCAGCUCUAGAGAACAUUGAUGAGGAAGCAUCGUCGGCCAAGGAUAAGGGUAAAGAGGGGAAUCAGAAUAAGAAAGCCCCGGCUAGGAAGAAGAGGAAGAACCGCACGAUGUUGGUGGAGAUAUCCAGCAGUAGUGAGAGCGAUAGUGAUUGA